AUUAACGGUGAAUUUAUAUUUCUAAUAUUUAGUUGUUACCAUCCAAAUUAAUGGUAGUUAAUAUCUGCAAACAUUUUAUCCCAUGUAUUUUAUAGGACCUCAGAUAGUGAUCAUGUUCAGAAUUAUUAAAAUUGCAACUGGGUCUCUCUGUAAACAUAUGCAUUGAAGAUAUUAUUUUUCAAUUGUCUUGCAGAUUACUAACUCAGACCUAUCAACAUAUCUUGGCUCUGGUAUUUGCUGUAAAAGAGAUUAACGGAAAUCCCCAGAUCUUGACCAAUAUCACCCUGGGCUUCAACAUUUAUAACAACAAUUUUAAUCCAAAACCAACAUAUGCAGCAACAAUGGAAAUUCUCUCCACACCAGGCAGAUUCAUCCCAAACUAUAAAUGUGAUUUCCAGAACAAUCUGGUCGCAGUCAUUGGAGGACCUAACACAAAUGAUUUUCUUGACGGAGCAACCAUUCUGAGUCAAUACAAGAUUGCACAGCUUCACCAUUUCCUGAGAGGAGUUUCGUUCAAUAACAGUGCCGGAGACAAGAUUUCCUUUGAUGAAAAUGGAGAAUUUGUAGGAAGAUUUGAUAUCAUUAACUGGGUCACUUUCCCAAACCAAUCCUUCCGUAGAGUUAAGGUGGGAACCAUAGAUCCAGACCCUCUCUCACAUCACCUGCUGACCAUUAGAGAGGAUGAAAUCAUCUGGCCCACCUGGUUUAAUCAGGUAACGCCUCUCUCCAUGUGUAAUGAUAAGUGCCCUCCAGGUUACAGAAAAGCCAAAAUAGAAGGAAAACCAUUUUGCUGCUAUAACUGUGUUCCAUGUCCUCAAGGAGAGAUCACAAAUCAGACAGAUAUGGACAAAUGCUUUCGCUGCCCAGAAGAUCAGUAUCCAAACAAUAAGCAGGAUUUCUGCCUUUUCAAGUAUAUAACAUACCUCUUUUAUGAAGAAACAUUAGGAAGCAGCUUGGUGACAGUAGCCAUUAUCCUUUCUUUCAUGACCAUUUGGGUACUAGGAGUAUUUCUGAAGAACCACAACACACCUAUCAUUAAGGCCAACAACCGCAGCCUCUCCUACACCCUCCUCAUCUCUCUCCUCCUCUCCUUCCUUUGUUCUCUGCUUUUUAUUGGUCAACCCAUGAAGAUCACUUGUCUCCUUCGACAAACUGCUUUUGGGAUCAUCUUCUCAGUGGCUGUUUCUUGUAUGCUGGCCAAAACCAUUACCGUAGUUCUUGCUUUCAUGGCCACUAAGCCUGGAUCACGGAUGAGGACAUGGGUUGGGAAAAAAUUAACCCUUUCUAUUGUUCUUUCUUGUUCUUUUAUUCAAAGUCUUCUUUGUAUUGUGUGGCUUGGAAUGUCUCCCCCUUUCCCAGACUUGGAUAAGCACUCCUUCAUUUCUGAAAUUGUUGUCGAAUGCAAUGAGGGGUCAGUUGUCAUGUUUUAUAGUGUCUUGUCUUUUAUGGGUUUCCUGGCUAUUAUCAGUUUUGUUGUAGCUUUCCUAGCUAGGAAGUUACCAGACACUUUCCAGGAAACCAAAUCCAUCACAUUCAGCAUGCUGGUUUUCUGCAGUGUGUGGUUAUCAUUUGUCCCUGCGUACAUUAGCACCAAAGGGAAAUACACAGUGGCUGUGGAGAUUUUCUCCAUCUUGGCCUCCAGUGCUGGACUCCUGUCUUGUGUCUUUUUCCCAAAAUGUUACAUUAUUAUAGUGAGACCUGAUCUUAACAAACGAGAGCAGUUAAUAAAAAGAGGAAAUUGACCAACCACUUGUCUGAAAUGGUAUA